GUCUGGAAGGACACAAACCCCUGGGGAUUUCUCCACGUCAUUGGUCUUCGGCAGCCAGUGCGCCCAACUCUCUUGGGACCUGCGCUCUGUCUUCAGACUGGGCUGCUGGUGAUCACGUCGCUCCAUCGCCUCCUGCCUUCUACCCACCGCGCCCAGCGCUGUUUUGCAUUUCAGAACUUUCGCCUGGUGGCCACUGUCGCCCACCUUAGAGGCUCCUGGAGAGGCCAAGGAGCUCGACAGCGCGUAGGAGUGGGGCCUGGAACCGUGGCGUCGGUGCACAGUGUACACAGGACGUUGAGGAGAACAGCAAUCCAGCAGAUCCGGGAACUCAGGGAAGGAACUCGAGAAUGUACGCCCAAAGAAUUAUAAUCUGUCCCUUUUCCUACCUGUUAGCCGAGAAUCUCUGCAGUGAAGUUCUGUUACCCCACUGAAGGACAGCAGAAUUUUCGAAGGGCCCACAGAGACUUUGGAGGUUCAAAUCCAGCCUCUGCACUCUUUGGCUGAGUGGUCUUGGACGGACUUCACCUCUAUCCAGGAAGAGGGCCCCAGCUACCAAAAGGAGGCAGUGUCUAGCCGGCCUAGUGGUGUGAACAGAGGAGGUGAACUGGCCAGUGAGUGGUUGAUGCAGAAUUGUAACCAUCUCAGAAUCCCUCAGGUCCUAUUUCCACAACCUUUCUUUCUCUGAAUACUGAGACCUCUCCUCUUCUAAACGAUUCCCCACUCCCUGCUCUCCCGAACCUGUUCAUCUGUUUCUUCCUGGGAGUUAAUUGUCCUUAAAGGGUGAAUCUCAGCCCAGUGUGUGAGGACCCAUACUUGGAGUCUCAGCACUCCUGAGGCAGAGGUAGGAAAACUGCUGCAAGUUCAAAACCAACCUGAGCCUCAUAGUAAGUACCAACCAGGAUGACCUGGACCUCAAAGGGAAACCUUGACUAAAACAAAAUAACAGCAGUAAUAAACAAUAAACAAUAACGGUGUGGUGUAGGGGCAGAAGCAGGUGGAUCUCUGUGAGCCAAAGGCCUGAGUCACAGGUCACCAGCUACAUAGUGAGACCCUGCCUCAAAAACCAAAACUAAGCACAAAAUUCUAGAUGUGUUUUAAAAGGAAAAGAAAAGAAAGAGAAAGGAAGGAGGGGUGGAGCUGAGAACCUUGCCUUAAACCUCAGGACCUCCUACUUCCUUUGGUGAGUAGUUCCAUUACAACUAUCAAAACUAUUUUGGUCUGUCUUUUGUGAGUGCCAAGCCACGGCCCCCAUCCUUUGUGUCUGUUUUAAAUAUUUUGCUCCCACAUUUACCAGGUCUGAGUGUUCUCUACUCCCGAGUCUGCUGGGUAUGUAAGAGUCAGGAUGGUCAGCCACCUCCCUGACAAGGCAGACAUGGCUAGGAUGAGUUGGAAGGCUUGGAAAUGUAAGAAUGGUAACAAUGCCACAGGGUUGUUUUGUGUUCUGUAUGCAUGUGUAUCAGUGCACCACAUUCAUGUCUGGUGCCGUAGGAGGCCAGAGAGUGUGUCAGAGCCCCUGGAACUGAACUGCAGAUGGUAGUGAGCCACCCACGGGUGUGGAGAGUCAAACCCAGGAGCAGCAGGCAAUACUCUUAGCCACACAGAGCCAUCUCUCCAGCCCCCACAAUGCCACUGGGUUUUAUUUGCUCCAAGCUGGAAAUAGCCACACUAGAGAGACCCUGCCUGCUGGCAUUCUCGUCGCUGUGUCUCUGUCUCUGCUUGUUUGUUUUUUCCUUUUCUGUCCACAAAAUGAUCUAAUCUUGACUUUGGAAAACUAGAAUGACCACUUGCAAAAAAUAGGCUCGCCAGGAGGUAAAGCAACCUGUGCCCUAAAGAGAAAAGCGGAAGGAACUGAGGAGAGAAAGAUGCCUCAAGACGAAACAUUUUAUGCAAGUAAGCAGAAUGUUUAUGCAAGUUGCGGAACCUCUGGAAGCCACAGUGGACUGCAGGAGCCGAGCUAACUGAGCACACUUAACAUGUCUUUCACUUGGGAUGAUGUAAGACAUAAAGUCCAUCUCAACACCUUCGGGUUCUUCAAGGACGGGUACAUGGUGGUCAACGUCAGCAGCCUGUCUGUGAACGAGCCUGAGGGAGCCGCGGACAAGGACGGUGAGAUCGGAUUCAGUCUCGAUCGGACCAAGAACGAUGGCUUCUCUUCUUACCUGGAUGAAGAUGUGAAUUACUGUAUUUUAAAGAAACAGUCUAUGUCUUCUGUCACUCUUCUCAUCUUAGACCUCUCCAAGAGUGUAGUCAAGGUCAGAUCCCCACCAGAAGCUGGUAAGCAGUUACCAGAGAUUGUCUUCAGGAAGGAUGAGAAAGUCCUGAGUCGGAGCCAGGAGCCUGCUGUCAGCUCCAACCCCAAAGACAGUGAGGCUCAGAGAACCCUUGAUGGUUCCAAGGCUAAACGAAGUACAGCGGACUCAAAGGCUAUAGCAGAGAAAUUCUUCCAAGUUCAUAAGAGUGAUGGGGCUGUCUCAUUUCAGUUCUUCUUCAACAUCAGCACCGACGACCAGGAAGGCCUCUACAGCCUUUACUUCCACAAGUGCCCAGGCAACAACGUGAAGUCUGAACAGGUCUCAUUCAGCCUAAAUAUUGAUAUCACGGAGAAGAACCCUGACAGCUACCUCUCUGCCGGGGAGAUUCCUCUCCCCAAGUUAUAUGUUUCCAUGGCCUUGUUCUUCUUUCUGUCAGGGACCAUCUGGAUUCACAUCCUUCGUAAGCGAAGGAAUGAUGUAUUUAAAAUUCACUGGUUGAUGGCGGCCCUUCCUUUCACCAAGUCUCUGUCCUUGGUGUUCCAUGCAAUCGACUACCACUACAUCUCCUCGCAGGGCUUUCCGAUUGAAGGCUGGGCUGUUGUAUACUACAUAACUCACCUGCUAAAGGGUGCACUGCUGUUCAUUACCAUCGCUCUCAUCGGCACUGGCUGGGCCUUCAUCAAACAUAUCCUGUCUGAUAAAGACAAGAAGAUCUUCAUGAUUGUCAUCCCGCUCCAGGUCCUGUCAAAUGUGGCCUACAUCAUCAUAGAGUCUACGGAGGAAGGCACGACUGAGUAUGGCCUGUGGAAGGAUUCUCUGUUCCUGGUUGACUUGCUGUGCUGUGGUGCCAUCCUCUUCCCAGUGGUGUGGUCAAUCAGGCAUUUACAAGAAGCCUCAGCCACAGAUGGAAAAGCUGCUAUUAACUUAGCAAAGCUGAAGCUUUUCAGACAUUACUACGUCUUGAUCGUGUGCUACAUCUACUUCACCAGGAUCAUUGCCUUUCUCCUCAAGUUUGCUGUUCCAUUCCAGUGGAAGUGGCUCUACCAGCUGCUGGAUGAAACAGCCACGCUGGUGUUCUUUGUCCUGACGGGGUAUAAAUUUCGCCCAGCUUCAGAUAACCCCUACCUGCAGCUCUCUCAAGAAGAAGAUGACCUGGAGAUGGAGUCUGUAGUGACGACAUCAGGCGUGAUGGAGACUAUGAAGAAGGUCAAGAAAGUGACCAAUGGCGCUGUGGAGCCCCAGGGCAGCUGGGAAGGCACUGCAUGACAGCACGGGCUGAGGACAGCUGUCAAUGAAACUAGCUGAUUCAUAGCCCUGUCAGUGAGCAAGUGUGUUCCCGACAGAACAAUGGCAUCUCCCAACAGUGACACCCCGGCACUCAGCGCUCAUGGCCGAGCCAAGUGCCAUGGACACACUUUUGUACUCUUAGGGAUCUGGGCUACAGGCAGCUAGGACCACCCUCAGUGAGGGUGGGAGGCUUAGAGGAGGAGUAAAGGACUGUCUACCUGAUUUACCUUGCUAAUUGGGAGCCUGGGUCUAUGCAUGGGAGCCCCCGGGGCUGCUACUCAGAAAGGCUGUGGGGGUGACGUAGGUCUGCCCUGGUCACAGUGCUUGGAGGCUGGGGAGGAUGUCACUCACUGCUUGGCCUAGCAUUUCUAAGGCUUCGGGUUCAAUUCCUAGUACCAGGGUGGGGGAAAAGAAGUUACUUUGGGAACUAGUCAGCUAGCUACCAAGGAUAUAAAGAAGAGGAAGAGAUUGUCGGCCUUUGGGAAGAAGAGCAACAGAAAUGAGUGAGCCUCUUUUAUAUAACCACCCUAGGUAGCUUGAAACAUCUGUCCAGGGCAACUGGUCCCAAGCACCACUCUAAAUGUCCCUGCCCGGGAUAUGACCUAUAAAAGUGGUGCUAGAGGCCGGCUGGGAGGACCCAGUACAUGGCUGGCUGAAGGGGAGAAGAGCCUUGGAGCUCCAGAAGUGUUCUCCAGCUGGCUCUCCUGACUCCAUCCCCCUGCCUGCCCAGAGCAGCCACCUGGCUUCCUCUCCUUCCACCUGUGUCUGCUGAUCUGAAUCCGAGAAUAAAAGAAUUUUCCUGAAGGAGCAGCUGAGGACAGAAAAGGUAGUGUCUAAACGAACACUUAGGUAAGCAUCCUUCCACAGCUCGGAGGAGUCAGGCAGGACCUCUGAUCCUCACCUGCGUAGUCCAGGCAUGCGUGAAGGGAGUGUGUUUGAGCCACUCAUACUCAGAGACCUGAGACAGGCAGAUCUGCUCAGAGCUUGGGCAGGAAUACCAGCAGCUGCCUGCAGAAGACAUGUGACGAGGUCACAGGAGACCAGCUCGGCACCUCAGAGCUCCUUAGUGCCCAGAAUUUGUAGGUGAGUCACACCUUCAAGGAACAGGCGCUUCCUGGGGUGAGUUACUCUACCUCCCAGUGCAGAAGACAAGAUCUCUGGCCUGAAGACAGUGUCUGUCUCCACACACCUCCACCCCAAGUCCAUGUCCUAAGCCACCUGUGAGAAGCUGCUGCUUCUGCUGUCCUAGCAGGUCCACCCCUACCACAGGAGUUCCAUCUUGAGAAAGGUAGACAGGCCUGAAGGAUCCAGUUAAGGGAUCUUUUUUUCUUGUUUGUUUGUUUGUUUGUUUUGUUUAUACUUGUUUAUGGAGUAUGUGGUGGGAAGGGAGUUGUUGAAGAGAUGGGUGUUUGUUAAUGCUUUGUCUUCUGCAGUCCUCCAGCACUGCAGAAGUGCUCCUGUGGUGCCGUCUAAGCCACAGCCUGCCCUCAAGGCUGGGCUUUAUGGAAGGGGGCUUGUUUCUCCUGCUGUGAAGGAGAACAGAGGGGAGCUAUGUACAGCCCAGCCCACAGAGCUCUCUGGGUGCACAGCUGAGCAGCUCUAGGGGGACAGCCUGCUCCCUCAGAGCAUGGGUGCACAGGCAGGGGCUGUGCUAUAGCAGCGUCCCUUCCAAGUCCUGCCCUGUGACUGCUGCGGGUGGGAAGCCAGGCAUGGCAGGGGAAUCAGACGCUUAACAUGGGGCUGGGAAGACUGGCCUGGUGCCCAGGCUGUGGAAAGGAAAGCUUCAGCCCUUCAUCCUGCACUGUAGUGUACCUCCUCUCCGUCACUUGAGAGCUGUGAGCCAGCAUCCCGCAGUGUCCUUGGGUAGAGGAGUCUGAUUGGAGUCCAGCCACCCCAGCUCAUGAGCUGCCCUCUGCAGCCUGGCGUCUUAGCCCACCCGGCUCCAUACAACUGUGUUUGAAUGGUGAAGCCCUUGUGUUGGAGGCUGAGCAAAGAUGGGGUGUGCAUUGCACUGCCACUGUGGUAUUAAUAGCUCUGCUCUGUGCCCCCACCCGCUUCUGCUUGUGUGAGGUAUCUAUACCUUUUUUGAGAGUGCUGUGGACUAGAAGCUGUGGGCUGUGACAUUUAAUAAAGUGUAGAUUUUGCUAGAUAAUUAUUUCUUGGACAACAGGAACAAGUGUUCAGCUCUGAGUUCUGGCUCUUAACAGGACUCAGCCUCUCGUGUUUAAAUAGCAGAGCAUAGUCUACUGCUGAGCCUGACUGGGGUUCCUUCUCUCUAGGGGAACAGCUCACUCCAGGGUCAACAACCCUGCCUCACAUCAGGCCUGAGUCUUCAGUUUUCCUUCAGAAACCACUUCGGAGUAAAAUACCUAAGUGUCCCCACUCUCCAGCCCCAGUCUGCGCAGCCAGCCAGGGCUGCCCAGCUCCUGAAGUGCUUGCAGGAUUUCUGCUCCUCUCGGUCCUUCAGUCCUCCCUCCUCUCACUCCUUCCUUUCCUCUCCCCCCUCCUUUCUCCCUCGCUCCCCACACUCCCUCCUGCUUUGCCACUGACUCCCUUGGCCCUCUCUGGCAUACUCAGCUGCAGGCUGGUGCACUGCAGCAUUGUCUGCCUGCAGCUGCGUGCAGAAUGUAUUUUCUAAACCAGGGAGCAUUUUAUCAAGAGAGUGCAAACUAUGCAAACUAAAGCUGUGUGUUGCUGCUUUGCACCAUGUGGUGAUCUCCGCACACAGCAAUGCUUGUCUGGCCCUUGGAAUGGAAUCUAAAGCCAGUUUUUGCAGAAGGGGAAGCCUAUCAACGAUCCCUGUGUCCCAUUUUUGUGGCUUCUGGCCACCUCCCGCAUCCCAAAGCAUGUUCCUCGAGGAAGCAUUAGUCUGAUGAGGUUGCUGGCCCAGUUCCACACGCCCAGGAGGACAACCUCGUUCUGCCAAACUACUGAUCCUCGAAGAAAGAUCCUAGCCCACCAGCUAGCCUUGCUUCCAUCACCCCCGAGUUCACAUGCUGACCUGCCCAGGCCUCAGCACGUCACCAUGUGCUCCUCAGGGGCCUGCCCUGGCCACUGCUGCUGCCUUUGCUCUCUAGAGUUCCAUGAGGACUUUAUUUGCUCUCUCGGCUAUUUAGAGCAGGCCAGUGUUCUCAAUGCCUUUUACUCCUUUCCUGAGGCUGCCCUGGCAAGAUUGUAAAAAAACAUUCACAGGAGUCUUACUCAUAUCUGUAUCACCUAGAAUGUGCUCACGUGUCACAGGCCAAGGAGUCUCCCAGUUCCUCUGGGUCUGUCCUGUAGAGGUGUGUCUGUUUCAUGCUUAAAAAGCAUUAUACAUUUGGGUGACCCUCUCUGCCUGGCCAGGGACCACCUGCCUGCUUAAGAGGCUGCACUGAGGGACAGAACAAGCUUGGGAGCAGAUGUGGUCAUGACUGGCAUGUCAGGACCUGGUGUGCUUUUGACCACAGGGAGACUUCAUACUGGCCAGUGGGGAAGGCACACAGGUUCCUGGUGUGCCCAUAAAGGGCAGAGUGAGACAGACUCACCUCUGAGACAGGAUGCUCCUUUGGAGUUGACGUGCAGUAGAUGGAGAGCUGCAGGACCAGCCUUCUUAGCAUCCAGGCACUGUUUCCUUCUGUCCACAUAGAGGAACUCUUCAUUCCCUAAUCAGCCUUUCUAGGACCCAAAUAAUUGUCAGACUAAACCCAGAGGUUUCACCUGAAGGAGGUCUUCUGGGCCUGUAUGCCUUACUCGGGUUGGGGUGCAGGGGUUGGGGACCCCUUAGUAAUUCUUAGCAUUAAUCAUUGAAGUAUUUGCAAGCAUGGGAUGUGGAUGUGCUCAGGGUUGGUGGGCUGGCCGCUGUAUGGAGGCAUUUCACUACAAAGCAAAUGUGCCCAAUAAAGAGUCCAUGUGGAAA